UUUGCAUAGCCAAUUAGCCAAAAUGGCGGAGAGAGGUAAGGCACCUGGAGAGUUUGAAGGAAAUGAGGAGUCGAUCCGAGUACGAGGAAUGCAGUUUGCAUACGACGGACAGGCUCCUCUCUUCGUCGAUUUUAACCUCGAUAUUGCCCCUGGAUCUCGCUGUCUUCUUGUGGGCGCCAAUGGAUCUGGGAAGACCACAUUGUUGAAGAUUCUGGCUGGAAAGCAUAUGGUUGGCGGAAAAGAUGUAGUGCAAGUACUAAACCAUUCAGCUUUUCAUGAUACUCAACUCGUUUGUAGUGGCGAUUUGGCAUAUCUGGGAGGAUCCUGGAGUAGAACUGUUGGCUCUGCUGGAGAGAUUCCACUCCAGGGAGAUUUCUCUGCAGAACAUAUGAUAUAUGGAGUUGAAGGGAUUGAUCCUGCUAGGAGAGAGAAGUUGAUUGAGCUUCUUGAUAUUGAUCUUCAGUGGCGAAUGCAUAAGGUAUCUGAUGGACAGCGCCGUCGAGUCCAAAUUUGCAUGGGCCUCCUCCAUCCAUUUCAGGUUUUGCUUCUAGACGAGGUUACUGUUGAUCUAGAUAUUGUUGCUAGAAUGGAUUUGCUUGAUUUCUUCGAAGAAGAAUGUGACCAGAGAGGAGCUACUAUUGUAUAUGCAACCCAUAUUUUUGAUGGGCUGGAGACAUGGGCUACACAUCUGGCAUACAUCCAAGAUGGUGACUUGAGGAGGGUAGAGAAGUUGACUGAACUUGAUGAGUUGAAAAGCUCUGCUAAUCUGCUUUCUGUUGUUGAGUCCUGGCUCCGUCAUGAAACCAAGCGUGAGAAAAAGAAGUCUAUCAAAUCGCCUACACAGAUUCAGAAGUCCUUACAUCAUGGUACUUCUCCUUUCAUGUCAUCUAGACACAUGGCAUACUACCGUUGAUUCCUCUACAGCCUUUUUCUUUUGCGAGACUUAACUCAUACUCUCUUCUUAAAAAAGGAUUCAUAGCCUAAAAUGCAAGAGAAAGAGGAAACUUUUAUAGCUGGUCAGUCAUUUUUGGUGAAUACUUGUAUAGUUGUUUCAAGAAACAACAAAACAUUAACAUAUAAGAAAGAGAAUAACACCAAAUUCUAGCUC